AUGCACCCUCAGCAGUUGGUCGUUUCCUGGUUUUCCCUGGUUUUGCUGGCAUCUCCCAUCGUGGCCAUAUGGGAACUGGAGAAAAAUGUUUAUGUUGUAGAAUUGGAUUGGUAUCCUAAUGCUCCUGGAGAAACAGUGGUCCUCACGUGUGACACUCCUGAAGAAGACGGCAUCACCUGGACCUCAGACCAGAGCAGUGAGGUCCUGGGCUCUGGCAAAACCUUGACCAUCCAAGUCAAAGAGUUUGGAGAUGCUGGGCAGUACACCUGUCACAAAGGAGGCGAGGUUCUGAGUCGUUCACUCCUCCUGCUUCACAAAAAGGAAGAUGGAAUUUGGUCCACUGAUAUUUUAAAGGAUCAGAAAGAACCCAAAGCUAAGAGUUUUUUAAAAUGUGAGGCAAAGGAUUAUUCUGGACACUUCACCUGCUCGUGGCUGACAGCAAUCAGUACUAAUCUGAAAUUCAGUGUCAAAAGCAGCAGAGGCUCCUCUGACCCCCGAGGGGUGUCGUGCGGAGCAGCGUCACUCUCAGCAGAGAAGGUCAGCAUGGACCACAGGGAGUAUAACAAGUACACAGUGGAGUGUCAGGAGGGCAGUGCCUGCCCGGCCGCCGAGGAGAGCCUGCCCAUUGAGGUCGUGAUGGAAGCUGUGCACAAGCUCAAGUAUGAAAACUACACCAGCAGCUUCUUCAUCAGGGACAUCAUCAAACCAGACCCACCCAAGAACCUGCAACUGAGACCACUAAAGAAUUCUCGGCAGGUGGAGGUCAGCUGGGAGUACCCUGACACGUGGAGCACCCCACAUUCCUACUUCUCCCUGACGUUUUGUGUUCAGGUCCAGGGAAAGAACAAGAGAGAAAAGAAACUCUUCACGGACCAAACCUCAGCCAAAGUCACAUGCCACAAGGAUGCCAACAUCCGUGUGCAAGCCCGGGACCGCUACUACAGCUCAUUCUGGAGUGAAUGGGCAUCUGUGUCCUGCAGUUAGGUUCUAACC